AUGUGGGUGGCGUCGUGGCGUGUACAGCAAGGAGCGCGACGGCCUGCUUUUCGCGCGGCCUUUUCUUCAUCUCGUCUUGUUCAUGCAGACGAGCGUGAGCUGGAUCUGUACGAAGUGCUAGGUGUGCCACGCGAUGCGACCAAGGCACAGAUCAAGAACCAAUUCUACCGCCUCUCGAAAGAGCACCAUCCUGACGUGGCCAAGCAUGAAAAAGGCAAGGAUACGUUCCAGCGCGUAAGCGAGGCAUAUGCUACGCUCAGCAACGAUGCACAACGGCGUGCGUACGAUCGAACGCUGCGCACGUCGACGCCCUCGACGUCCGCCGCGUCGUCGUCUCGGCAGGACACUGCGCGCUAUGCAUGGGCCUACCAGCGCCGCGCGCAGGCCGCCUCGCAGGCGGCGUCGGCGCGCUAUACACCUCCUGGUGCACGUGCAUCGGCCGCGUCUGCGAAGCGAUCGGACGACGCAGCGCAGCGGUACACGACGCAAAUGUAUGCUCGCAUGGCCGAGCGUGAGGCCCGCUUGCACGAGGCGCGCACACGGUCAGGCUCGUACGCGUCCCCGGCGCCCAACCCGGACAGUUUCCGCGCAUGGAGUCAAAAGCGUUGGAGCGAGGAAGAGCACCAGGCGGCCAUGUCGAGCUCGACAUGGCGGUUCUUGCAAGUGGGCACGUUGCUCGGCGGUACGUUGUGGCUCAGCCACCGCCUGUUUUCCUAA